UCCCACACAGCACCGAGAGAACCUCUGCUUGCUCUCUACAAAAUGGGAAAGAUCACCUUCUACGAGGACCGGGGCUUCCAGGGCCGCUGCUACGAAUGCACCAGCGACUGCCCCAACCUGCAGCCCUUCUUCAGCCGCUGCAACUCCAUCCGGGUGGACAGUGGCUGCUGGAUGCUCUAUGAGCGCCCCAACUACCAGGGCCACCAGUACUUCCUGCGGCGCGGCGAGUACCCCGACUACCAGCAGUGGAUGGGCCUCAGCGACUCCAUCCGCUCCUGCCGCCUCAUCCCCCCCCACUCCGGCACUCACAGAAUGAGGAUCUACGAGAGAGAGGACUUCAGAGGACAAAUGUCAGAGAUCACAGAGGACUGUCUCUCUCUUCAGGACCACUUCCGCUUUACUGAAGUCCACUCCCUCAACGUGCUGGAGGGCUGCUGGAUCCUCUACGAGAUGCCCAACUACAGGGGGAGGCAGUACCUGCUGCGGCCGGGGGAGUACAGGAGAUAUCUCGACUGGGGGGCUACAAAUGCCAAAGUUGGCUCUUUCAGACGAGUCACAGAUUUUUACUGAAGUAUUUAUAUUCUCUGCUUCUCUCCUUUAAAAUGUAAUAAAAUAUUUUAGCUUGUGUUUCUGGCA